AUGUCCAAAAAGCCACCAAAAGCUCUCUCCUCCCGCCGACAAGUCAUGUUUGAGCCUGUGUAUCCUGUUCCACAGUUCCGGUCACCAGAUGUCCAUCCCCUGACUCUCCGUCGGCCCGGGUACCACUCCCUUCCUGAACCCUUCCCACGCGAACAUACCGAUUCUCGCCCAUCGAGCGCACUAUCUGUCUAUGAAGGCCGACGUUCCCACGCCGCUGAAACCCUCCAAUCCAGUCCAGACAGCGACCGAGACCAUGCGUCCUGCGUUCUACGCGCUCCCGAAAUCUCCACGUUGAAUUUGCAUAUAAUCCUCGUGUACCGACUAGACUUGAUUCAGUAA